AUGAGGCUCCACUACCUCCUCUUUGCCAUCUUCUUCUUGUUUCUCAUCCCUGCUCCAGGGGAUGGCCGGCUUCUGGAGCGCAUCAACAAUUUAUACUGCCGGGUGCGGAGGGGCAGGUGCCGGUUGCUUGGCUGCUUCCCCAAGGAGGAGCAGGUGGGCACAUGCUCCCUGGGCCGGAGGAAGUGCUGCCGAAAGAGGACCUGA